AAAGACGUCAGGACACAGUGCGGUUUUCAAAAUGGCAGCGCCCGUGGACAAAAAUUCUGAAGAUUUGGUCUGAUUUGGAGAAACACCUCACCCCCUGCCCAUGAAACUAACCCAUCAGCAGCAGCUUCCAGUUGAGGGGGACGACACUCCUCGUUCCCAUCACUGCUGCAAGAUGUCUUCUCCCACCAAAAUCUCCAGCUCCCGUAUUGUGGCCCUGUGCUCCAUGGCUAACUUUAUCAAUGCUGCGGAUCGUGUCAUCAUGCCGAUUGCUGUAGUACCAAUGUCAGAUGAUUAUCACUGGAAUAUGGGUGUACAGGGAUGGAUUCUCAGUGCCUUUGCAUACGGCUAUAUCAGCAGUCAGGUGAUUGGAGGCAAAGCAGCGCUCAGAUUUGGCGGCAGAAUGACCCUUGGCCUGGCUGUUGCAGUCUGGUCUCUGGCAACCUUCCUCACUCCGAUUUUCUCAACGACGGUCAACGCUCUCAUCCUGUCCCGUGUCAUUCUUGGUUUUGCAGAAGGCUUUUGUCUCCCAACAAUCUUCCACAUCUUCGCUCAGCAUGUGCCAGUUGAGGAGAGAUCUAGAGCCUUUGGCUACCUGGUUGCCUUGGGAUCAGUGGGACAGACAAUUGCUUCCCUGAUUUGUCCUCAUCUAUCCUGGCCGAUGAUGUUUUAUUUCUUCGGUUGCAUCGGUCUAAUCUGGUCAGUGGUGUGGAUUACAAUGUUCAGAGAUGAGGCUCCAGACGUUGAUCCACAACUUCUCUUAAACCCUACAUUGGACACAACAAACAGUGUAAGGUGGAUGAGCUAUGUCUCCCAUCGAGGGCUAUGGGCCAUCUAUGCAGCACACUUUGCCAUGAAUUGGUCCAACUACAUCGUGUUGUCAUGGCUGCCUACCUAUCUGCAGAGGCAUCUUGGUGCUAACGCUAAGGAUAUUAGCUUCACAGCGUUGCCAUAUGUCAUGAAUUCUCUUAUUGGAGUCGCGGCUGGUCACUACGCAGAUUCACUGAUAUCCAAGAAGCAGUGGACAGUGCUUUCUGUUCGGCGGUUAAUGACCAGCAUCGGUCUGAUUGGUCCCUCAUUGUUUCUACUCUGCUUCAGCUAUGUCGACAGCCUAGCCCUAGCAGUAUGUUUUGUGUCGAUAUCGCUUGGAUUGUGCGGCUGUAAUUCAUCGGGUCACAUGAGCAACCAUCCCGACGUUGCUCCAAAUCAUGCUGGCAUAACAUUUGCCAUUUCCAACACACUGGCCACAAUACCUGGAUUAGCAUGUGGUCCCGUCACAGCGCUCAUAGUUGAUUACACAGGAUACUGGUACCCGGUCUUUGCCCUGGCUUCUGCUGUCAACAUUGGGGGCGCUCUCAUCUACUUCAGCCAAAGCUCAGCCAGCCAGAUUCUCUAGAUCCGUAAGUGCCAACCUUCUCUGUAUUCCUGCGGCUGUGAUAAAAAAAAAACAUUGUAUGGUUCUCUGACUCUACCUAUGAGAAAUCACACUGAGAAGGCUAAAAGGUGCCUGAGGCGCCAUGCUCUUUGGACAGUUGCCUCGCUUUGGUUUCCAUUGGCUUGUUCACAGUAUAUCAAGAUGGCGGCUUUUGUUAUUGGAAGGUGCAUCAAGAAGGAAUCGUUAAGUGCAAUUUUUGUGUUAGAAAAGGCAUUAGAUCUUGGAAUUUUUAUGAAGCUCUUUAGGUAUUCUUUGUAGUCUUUGUAUUUAUCACACAAUAUAAAUAAUAAUAAUAAUAAUUUUGGAGGCCAAGCAUCCUUACUCGCAGCUAAGAGCUGAAUUGCGAAGGA